AUGACGAUAGGGCGCGUAAUUGCCGUGCACAGCUCCAAGGGAGGCGUGGGAAAAUCUACUUUGACAUGUUUGCUAGCCAAAUUACUAAAGGAAAGGGAUCUAAAGGUUGGGAUCUGUGAUUUAGACAUCACAGGCCCAUGCCUAAAGACAUUAAUGCCACCCAAUCAGGAUUUUGUCAAGUGGAUCACCAAGCAAAGUACCCAUAUACGUUAUGAAAAUGAUAAAAUGAGCCCUAGGGAUCCAUUAGAUACACUAUACCCGUUGAGUACAGACGAAGACACUUGUUUGCCAGAAGAUAAUCAAUACCUGGAGCCUUUGGAGGUAGACACUGUGAAACUAAUGUCGAUAAGCUUUUUUAAAUCCCCAAAGUCACAGGGAUUUACUGCAUUUAGAGGUCCUGCUAGCGACCAGAUUUGUCAAAUUUUACUCAAAAGAACCAAUUGGGGAGAGCUGAACUAUUUAAUUCUAGACCUUCCCCCCGGGACAAUGGAUAUCGUCUUAUCAGCCUCCGAACAUAUAACAAUUGAUGGAGUUAUCGCAGUCACUACACCGCACAUUACGAGUCAAAAAAUUACUGAAAGGGGGUUAAACCUGUUUAAACACUUAAAUACGACUGUUUUAGCAUUGGUUGAGAAUAUGGCCUACUUCCAGUGCAGCUGCGCUAAACACUUCAUCUUUGGCAAUCCGUGCGGCCAAAAUUUAUGUAAAAAUCAUAACAUACCAAAAUAUAUACAACUCCCAUUAAUUAGCAUGUAUGUUAAUGUGUCAAUUGAUGAUAUGUUAAAGGAUACUGUGGUUACCAGUGAGUUAUAUGAAUUAGUUGACCAUUUGAUAAAUUAUAAGUGGGAGAUUAGUAAAAAAAUUUCAUCCAUAGCAGUGGAUGACACUGAUAAUUUUGAUUGGUAUAUGCCUAGUGGUAUGAGAUUCCGUAUGGGGUGA